CCAGGCCGCGCGCGCAGCUGCGGCCUAAGAUGUCGGCGCUGCGUCUCCGCCUGGUUUUUGAUUACCCUCCCCCGCUGCUGCCCGCCGCCAGGAUGUGCUGGCUCCUCCUGCAGCCCGAGCAGUGUCGGGUGGUGGCCGAUCUGGAGAGUAUCAUCCGGCAGCGAUUUGGAUUCAGCAGCCGCACGCGCCUCCAUCUCUUCGUGGACAGCUGCCUGCUCCCGCCCAACGAGAGCAUCUUCCUGGUCCGGGACAACGACUGCAUCAGAGUGCAACAGGAGGAACUGAUAACAGAAAACGGGUUUGUGACCAGCAACUCUCCAGAUCAGCUGAGAGUGAAGCCAAAGAAGAGGCACCGACACCAGUCUGUUGACAAACACGAGUCACAAAGUGAAAAUGGACAGAAAAAGAAAAGAAGAAAUGCUGGACCUAGCACAGAGCUGACGCACAAUUCCACAGGAGAGACUGUUUCAAUGGGAAGUGUGGAGAGUUUGAGGAAACGCAAAAAGGAGACAGAAGGUGAUGGAAAGUAUAAUAUUCAAAAGAAACAUAAAAAGAAAAAAGAUAAAUCUAGUAAAGAUCAAACCAGUAGAGAUUGUUCCAGCAAAAGAGCAAGGCCUGGAUCUUUGGGGAAAGCUCUCUCCGAGCCAACUGCUGCAAUUCUCCUCACUAAACAAGGGGAGGGAAAGAAUGCUUCAAGUAACUGUGCAUCUCAGAAAAAGGUCACAGCACAGGCAGUGGACAGCAAGUGCUCAUCCAGCAACGCCAGUGAGAGUGACCAUAUGUUAACAAAGAAUCUUCAGCUGGCAACAGCUGGCACCAUCACCAAGGGUGAAGGCAGGGUCAGCUCAGCAAGGAAGAGUCCCAGCUCUCGAAACGGAAAGAGACCUGUGCAGACUAACACUACCAGCAAAAUUGCAGGUGAAAAGGCAAAUAGUAGCUCCGACUCACUGAGCAGUGACUCUGACAUACCCGUGGUUAAGAAAGCGUUUACUCUGAAGCCUGGAACUCUACCUUCAAUGGAAAGAAUACCUGGCCACUCUGAAAAUGGCAACCUUAAUGUUGCAAAAAAUUCACCUGAAGCCUCUUCAGACUCUCAAGAUUCUGAAUCUGGGAAGCAUGGGAGCAAACUCACAGGAGCAGACACUUUCACGCCAGGCAAAACUGGCAAUGAGGGGCAUCAGCCCACCACUGCCACCCUGCAAUCAGAUCAAGUAGGAAAUAGCAACUUUGGACAGGGCAACGGAAGAGGGCGAGGGCGAGGAUUUGGUGGCUUCCCAUGGAGGGACCGGCAGCAAUGUGGUGCGUUGAGGGGAAGGGGCAGAGGAGCUGGCUUCUAUUAUAAAUAUGAAAACAGUCAGGAACCAAAACCUGGAGAAUCAAAAGAAACUCUGACAAAUAAACAUAUUAUUGUUCAGAAUCCACCAGAGGUUCCAAAGAGAGACUACAGCAAACUUCCACUCCUGGCCGCACCACCACAAGUGGGAGAAAGAAUUGCCUUUAAGGUGUUGGAACUGUCUGAGAAUUACACACCCGAGUUGUCAGACUACAAGGAAGGAAGACUCCUGAGUUACAAUCCCAGUACACAACAAGUGGAACUCUGUGUCGAUUCCAUAUCAACAGAAAGUUCUAAAGAGCCUGGAAAGUUUGACCUUAUUUAUCAAACAGAGAGUGGUGAGGAUAUGGUGGAGUAUGCAGUGACAAGGGAGCCCCAGGUAACUGAAAGUUGGAGCUCACUGGUUGAACCUCGUCUGAUUGUAGCACCUGCUGCUGAGCCAGUGACUGUGGACCUUGCCUAACUAACUCUACCCCUCCCUGCUCUCAAUGCUUACUCUGCAAGAAUGUUCCUGCUAACCUAGCUGCUUCCCCACAGAAAGUUUGAGUCUCGACCACACCACAGUAUCCUCCUUGCAGGGUCUGAGGUUUCAGGAACAGUCGUGCUUGUGUAUUUUCUGAGAUUGCAGUUCUGGUGGCGUAGUACCUUGUGAAUUGUUUAAUAAAGGCUUUUUUUCUAAUA